AUGGGCCUUUUCGGUUUCUUCGCUUCGGCCGACGAGAAGCGCAAAGAAGAAGUACGCACCGGCUCCCGCGCACCUGACAGGACAGAACGAAAACAGUGCUGGGAUGCGCGCGACAACUUCUACAAGUGUCUCGACAAGCACGAUGUGAUCGAUUCACUCAACGGAAAUGGAAAAAAGAUUGCCGACAAACAGUGUGCCCCAGAGAACAGAGCGUUCGAGGAGAACUGUGCCACGGCUUGGGUCACCUACUUCAAGCGCUUCCGAGUCGCCGACUACCAAAAGAAGAAGACCUUCGAACGACUAGAGAAAGAGGGUGCCAACAAGAUGGCCGGCGAACAAAUUGGAGAUCUGUCUGGAUCGAAAAAAACAUGA